CUCUCCCUUCCCUAUUCUUUCUCUCACACGCUAAAUGGAUGGGCACGCUACGCCGUAUUCCUCCCCCGCAGCCGCUUCCUUCGCCCACACGCCCCCGCGCUCGGAAUACUCCGAGGAGGGUGCUCGAGGCGAACCAAGGGCGAUGGUUCAUCUCGCUUUCGUCUCGCUGCGUGCGCUCUCUGUCACUCCCCCUCUCUCUCCUCAUCAGAUCCGGCCACUUCCUGCUCGCCUCGCCACCGGUCCCGCGCCCCGGAACCCUAGAGCUCUCCCCGCGGCAGGGCCGCCGGAGUCCCCGGGCGCGUGGAGAAAAUGGAGGCGGCGCUAGAGGCGGCGUGUCAAGGACACCAAGGAGCGUCUGGCCGGGGUCAAGCGGCUGCACGAGGCGCUUGACGCCGCGGCGCGGCGCGCGGCGGCCGAGGUCACCACGCUGGUGGACACCUGCAUGGAUCUGACGCGGGAUGCCAACUUCCGCAUCGCCCAGGGCGGCCUCCAGGCGCUCUCCGUCGCCGCCGUCGUCGCCGACGACCACUUCAAGAUCCACCUCAACGCCCUCGUCCCCGCCGCCGUCGAGCGCCUCGACGACGGCAAGCAACCCGUCCGCGACGCCGCGCGACAGCUCCUCAUCACGCUCAUGGAGGUUUCUUCACCAACAAUCAUAGUUGAAAGAGCUGGUAGUUAUGCAUGGACUCAUAAGAUUUGGAGGGUGAGGGACGAGUUUGUACGUACGGUGGCAUCUGCAGUUGGGCUAUUUGCUUCUACGGAGAUUUCCUUGCAACGAGUUUUGCUUUCACCUGUCCUGCAACUAAUGAAUGAUUCGAACCAAAGUGUUCGAGAUGCUGCUAUCUCUUGUAUUGAGGAGAUGUACAAGCACAUGGGAUCACAAUUUCAUGAAGAGUUGCAGCGCCAUAAUCUGCCUUCAUAUAUGCUAAAAGAAAUAAAUUCAAGGUUGGAUAAAAUAGAACCAAAGGUUCGAUCAUCUGAUACAGCAAUGCAGUAUAAGGCUGUAGAGUCUAGAGGCAAUGCUGGGAUGUAGCCUGUUGGUAGUGGGACACCUUCAGGUUCUGUUAUUGAUCUGGAAAAUGAGGAAUCAGGUUCAAAAGGUAAAAGGCCAUUAGGAUGGGACUCCAUGAAAGCAUCAAGGAAGAAGGCAAUGUCCAGUUCCUCCCAGUCUACUGACUACCUUUUAAGAAUUCAUGACAUUCAAAUAGCAAGACUGAAGCAAAGUGAAGAAAAAUCAGGUAAGAAACAACAGAAUAUUGAGUUCUUGAAGGAAGUUGAACUGAAAAAGUUGGAGGUCCAAACCAAGGAACUAGAAAUGCAGCAAACCAAAAUGAUGAUUGAAGAAAGGAUCCGAAAGGACGCAGAGCUGAAGGAACUCCUAGCUAUGGAAUGUUUUACCAGAGGAUGUGAGACCUGUAUACAUCGCGAGGAGAAAAGGUUUAAUCGAGUUUUUCAUCAACAAUCCUGUCUGAAGAGUACUAUUGUAUUUCAUAAUUUGUUGCGAACCUAGUGUCGGCGUAACGUGGUCCGGUGUGUUCGGACAUAUGUCAUUUCGAGAUUUUUGAACAUUUGCUUAAUUGUUUGAGAACAGUAGCUUGGUUUUUG